AUGAAGCUCCCCUGGCAUUGCUUAGCAUUUGUACCUCUGGUCGUUACAUCGGCGGUACCAAGGAAACCGACCUCGCCAGACUGUUCGACCAUUGCUACAUCCAUCAACCUGGCGAGCUACAAUACCUGCUUUCUCAAUGCCACUUACCAUGCAGCCAACUCCAUCAAUAUCUCCGAUACCACUAACUCUGUCCCUUUCUGCGAGGUGUACAGCAGCAUCUCCUAUGGGCGAAACAAUAACGACACCUUGGUCUCUGCCCUUUGGCUCCCGGACCCAGAGGACUAUGCGGAACGCUUCAUGGCCGUCGGCAACGGCGGCAUGGCUGGUGUUAUCGAUACAGCCAAUAUGCUCACCCAGCUGAACUCCGGCUUAGGCUUCGCAGUUGCUGGUGGCGACGGUGGCCAUGCUGCUGCCGACAACAAUGGCGGAGGGGGCGAGCCUGGCGUCUACAUCCCCUAUCUCCAUGAUGCAGACCAGGUGGAAGCGUGGAUCCACGACGCCAUCGCGCUCUUCACGCCCAUGGCACGAGAGACCACUGCAGCCUACUACGGACAGGCGCCGCAGCAUUCUUUCUACGACGGAUGUUCCACAGGAGGUGCUCAAGGAUUUGCGCUGGCGCAGUAUCAUCCAGAUUUGUUUGACGGGAUCGUUGCCGGCAGUCCAGGGAACUGGUAUAGUCAUCUUGCUCUAAGCUUCUUGUGGAACGCUCAGCAGACCAAUACUUCCAAGCGUAACCUAACACAAGACGUUCUCGAGUUCGUCACCAAUGCUGUGCUCGAUGCCUGCGACACACUUGACGGUGUUGCUGAUCGUCUGAUCGAAAAUCCACUGCGCUGCAAGUUCGACAUUCAGUCGUUGGCCUGCGAAAGCGAAGGCCUCAGCACCAGCGGCAACAACACUUGCCUCACCAAGCCCCAACUCGCCGCAUCCGAAGCCAUCUACUCAGGACCCGUCCGCUCAGACAACGCCAAACCGCUCUACCCAGGCUUCUCACUCGGCUCGGAGACAGAGUGGGCGCUGCAAGAAGGUCCGCUCGCAGAAGCAUUCAGCAUUCCCAUCCUGCAAAAUCUCGUCUACGACGAUCUGGACUACGACAGCGAUACAUUCAACUGGGCUAGUGAUGUCGGAGACGUCAACCGCCGUGCCGGAAAACACAUAGAUGAAAUUAGCCCGGACCUCUCAGCAUUUCGCGACGCUGGAGGCCGAAUCAUCGUGACGCAAGGCUGGGCAGAUCCGUUUAAUGCCGCACUCUGGCCGAUUGAGCAUUUGCAUCGGAUCGAGAAAGCGAUGGGUGGCGAUGUGAGCGAGUGGUUCGAGCUGUUCAUGAUACCGGGCGGUGGGCAUUGUGGUGCUGCGAGCGGGUAUCCGAGUGUGCCGGCGACGUAUCACACGGUGGCGCCACUGGUGAAGUGGGUGGAGGAUGAAAAGAAGCCGAAGCAGAUCCGGAGUACAGCUGCGCCGGAUGGGAGUGAUGUGACUAGGAAGUUGUGUCCGUGGCCUCAGACGGCGAAGUAUACAGGUGGGGAUGAAGGAGAUUGGAAGAAUUACGUCUGCAAGUAG